CUUGUUUAACUAUUCAAUAAAUUUGGCUGUAUUGCGAGGAUUGUUUUAAAAUAAAUUUUAUUUAGUUGUAAGGGUGAAAAAUCUGACGGUUUCUUUUAGAGGAGCGCCUCGUAACUCACUAGACUUUAUAGUCUAGUCCACAGUAAAUAGCUCCUACCUUACCACACCAAGCAUUCAGAAUGUCUGCACACGAGCAAAUGAGGGCGAUGUUGGAUCAAUUGAUGGGCACAGCUCGCAAUGGUGAAGCUGACAGGCAUGGGGUCAAGUUUUUUGAUGAUUCUGUGUGUAAAUCAUUUUUACUACAAUGUUGCCCACAUGAAAUUCUAUCUUCAACGCGAAUGGAUCUAGGUGAGUGUCCAAAAAUACAUGAUCUGGCACUGCGGGCGGAUUAUGAGUUAGCGUCAAAAACCAAAGAUUAUUUCUACGACAUCGACGCGACGGAGCACUUAGAGGCAUUCAUAGCGGACUGUGACCGUCGGACUAACGCCGCCAAGCAGCGCCUGGCCGAAACGCAGGAGGAGCUGUCCGCUGAAGUGACCGAGAAGGCUAACUCGGUGCAUGAGCUCGCGGAGCAGAUCGGCCAGAAACUGGCGAGGGCCGAGGCUCUCGGAGAGGAGGGUAUGGUGGAAGAGAGCGUCAAACUGAUGGGAGAGAUAGACGAAUUGCGUAAAAAGAAAGCGGUCGCGGAACAAGAGUACCGCAAUUCGAUGCCUGCUUCGUCCUACCAGCAACAGAAGUUGCGCGUCUGCGAGGUGUGCUCCGCCUACCUCGGCAUACACGACAACGACCGGCGGCUCGCCGACCAUUUUGGAGGGAAAUUGCAUCUCGGAUUUAUCACUAUUCGCGAAAAGCUCGCCGACUUGAAGAAAAACGUUGAGAGUCGUCGCGAGGAGCGCGGCGCGUCGGAGCGCGAGCGCGGGGGCGGGGGCCGGCGCCACUACGUCGGCGGCCGCGAGCUCGACCGCCGCGCGCGCCGCCACCGCGAGACCGCGCGCGAGCGCCGCGACGACCGCAAGGACGAGCGCGACCGCGAGCGCAAGGACGACCGCGAGCGCAAGGACGACCGCGAGCGCAAGGACGACCGCGAGCGCAAGGACGACCGCGAGCGCGAGCGGGAGCGGGACAGGGGCGAGCGGGACCGAGAGCGCAAGAGGAGUCGAUCGCGCAGCAAAAGCAAGCGGGACGGUUCCCGGGAGCGGUCUCGGGACCGGGACCGCAACCGCGUGCGGGACACGCGCCGCAGCCGCUCGCAUCUAUCGUCGUCGCGCGACCACCGGCGGGACUAGCACCGCCUUCCUACGAUAUUAAUACAAGAGAAUAUUGACGCGCCAUACCAAUCUGA